CACCAAAAACCAAGGUAAAUCUUGUUGUCCAGCAAAAGCUGCUACACCUUGACAGGCUGAAUUCUCAAGCUCACAAGCUGAAGCACCCCACUAAAUCCGUAUGACUAAGCAUCGACCCCGCGUGUGCCCGCCAAACGGAAGCCCUAGUUCACCAAAAAAAUCGCAUCGUUGAUAAAAUUUCCCCCCUCACCGCGACGACGAGACGAGACGAGACGAGACGAGCGAGACCGACGCGCGACUCGACUCUACAAGACACGAUGGCUACUUACCAAAACGGCGUGGCUCCGGUUCGCGCCAUCGAUGACGACAGCGAUGUCGAGGAGGAGGCUCUGGUGGCCGAGUACAAGGAGCAUGUUCAGUAUGAGGAUGGUGAUGAUCUCAGCCGCACCACUUCUUUGAACCUCACCGCGCAGACCGACGAUAUCCAGGCUCGACUUGUGCAGGCCGCUCAGCCUCUCGAUUUCCAGGCGCCUCUUGAGGCCAAGUUCCAGAGCUACGAUGCUUACUGCAGCUUGUUUCAUUUUAUCUUGAACUCCGAGGGCCCCGUCGAUCUCGAGCCCCCUUCCGUUGGUCUCACAAAGUUAGAUGUUGAGUUGGAUAGGGCUAAUGAAUAUUUCUGCAGUACUACUGGGCUUGGGAUGUUAUCGAUGAGUUCAUUUACCAGUUCAACUCUUUCUCCUCGUACCGUAUGCGAAUUGCCCGGCAAACAACCAACGAGGAGGAGCGUCAGGCUCUCCGCGAGAACCCCAACACCUGGGGCUGCUACAGUGUUCUCAACGUCCUGUACUCCCUUAUCCAGCGAUCCCAGAUCACCGAGCAGCUUGCAGCCAUGAAGCGUAACGAGGAUCCUUUGGCCGUUGCUGGUGAGUAUGGCUCCAAGAACCUCUACAAGAUGUUGGGCUACUUCUCCAUUAUUGGUCUUCUCCGAGUCCACUGUCUCCUCGGAGAUUUCAGCCUGGCUCUCAAGACCCUUGAUGAUAUCGAGCUCAACAAGAAGGCCAUGUUCGCCCGCGUCAUGGCUGCUCACUUCACCACCUACUACUACGUGGGUUUCUCCUACAUGAUGCAGCACCGUUACGCCGAUGCCAUCCGCAUGUUCAGCCAUAUCCUCAUCUACGUCUCGAGGACCAAGAACUUCCAGAAGAGCGCCCAGUACGACUCUAUCACUAAGAAGAACGAGCAGAUGUACGCUCUUAUUGCUAUCUGCGUCGCUUUCCAGCCCACUCGUCUGGACGACACCAUUCACAGCGCCCUCCGUGAGAAGUAUGGCGACCAACUCCUCAAGCUCCAGCGCGGUGGCCCCGAGUCCCUCCCCAUCUUCGAGGAGCUCUUCCGCGCAGCGUGCCCCAAGUUCAUCUCCCCCGUUCCUCCGGACUUUGAGAACCCCGAGGCCAACAUCGACCCCGUCGAGCACCACCUCGCUGUCUUCAUGGAUGAGGUCAAGACCAACAUGUGGAGCCCCACCAUCAAGUCUUACCUCCGCCUCUACACCACCAUGGAUCUUAACAAGCUCGCUGGUUUCCUCGAGGUGAAGCCCGAGGAGCUUCGAUCAUGGCUCCUGGUUACCAAGCAGCGAACUAAGCAAUUGCGAUGGCAGGACCAGGGUCUGCUUGAGGGUGAGCUCGUCAACGUCAGCGACCUUGACUAUGCUCUCCAAGGCGACCUCAUUCACAUCUCUGAGGCUAAGGUGGGACGAAAGCUUGUGGACUGGUAUCUCCGAAACCUGUCCCGCACCUAUAACUGAGGUGCUACAGAGAGAACUGACUAGUCGUUUUUCUCACAUUUCAUGGGGUCUUCGAUUCAAGCCCGAAACAAGCGCAUAGAGCGCUGUGGCUGGAUCCUCCAAACGACCCAGGGUCAGGAGAAUACCUGGGGUUAUGCAGGCCGACUUGAUAGGAUGCAUGGCAUGGCAAAGGCGUCUCGGAGUUGGUGAUGCUCGUGCAAGAGCUUGAGAAUUUCUCGAGUUUAGCUGUAUGUGCGGCAGAGAUAUGGCACUUCCUCCUAGAGGUACGAGAGCCUGUGAAAAGGCUAUGAAGAAUAAAAGGAAUCAAAAGUCGUUUAAUCAAAUAUCAUGAUCCUAAAAGUCUAUAUCACCAUUAUGAAUUAUGUCAGUUCUGGAAACCGGUUCUUGUACAGGCUUCGCAGUUACAAUUUGCAUUGAGUUCCCCGUAC